AUGGGCAACCUCGCCUCCCGCUCCCAGCCGACAACGUACGAGCAAUGGCACAAUGACGCGCGCGAGCGCACCGAGGCGUACAGGUUCGCCUUGUCCCAGCGGCCGCGGUCGACGCACGCGACGCCGUCGUCGAGACGGCACUCGGCCUACUUCCCCCCACCGAGCCCGUCCGCCAGCGUCCACUCGCACCUCAAGGUCCCCAGCUCGCAGCAGCCGGCUGUCGACACGCGGCGGCACUCGUGGGCGUCGGCAAACUACCGCCCGUCGCCGCUGAGCACGAGUUACACGCCGUCCGAGGUCAGCGUGACGCGGUCGAUCGCGCCGUCGAUAACACGCUCGCUUGCGCCGUCGAUAACGCGCUCAACGUCGCUCCGCGCACCGAGCACCCAGGCGCCGGAUACGACCGUCCCACACGUUUGCUGGUGCCUCGUCGAGCCAGGGGAUCCGAUCCCCGACGACGCGAUCCCAGUCGGGUUUGCCGUCGAGCCGCACAACCUCUCGGCGCUGACGCUGUAUGCCGCGCGGACGUUCAUCGGUGGCUCGUGGAGGCUCGGACAUAUCGCCUCGGACCCACCAUACUCGACACAGACAUGGUAUCUCCACCCUGGGCACCGGGCCAAGGCAUACGAGAUCCUUUGCGGAACAAUGGACGCGCUCAAGUGGGUCCCUGUUGAGAAGGGGAAGAAGGGCAAGCCCAAGGUGCCGCCAGGCCGCGUGCCGGUCGAGGCUGGCAAGCGGGACGACAGCUCGCCGAUCUACGUUGCACGAGUGCCAAUUCACCUGUUUGUAAAGGUCAAGACGGGCAGACGGGGCACUGUUCCAGGUCAAUGGCCGGUAACGAGCGGCACGGCAUUAUUCCUCAUCGACGACGAGACGUUCUGGAGCACAGACUUUGAUAUCCUAGUGUACAAGUAUCCGCCGCAGGGGAACCAGUAGAGGAAGGUGGCUGUGCUGUGACUUAGACGUCCUUGUUGGACGACAGCACGACGACGCCGACCGCAUAGACGAGGAGGACGAUGGCGCGCACGAUCGCGUCGAGGUCGUCGGGGCGCUUCCGUAGCGGUGGCUGCGGUGGUAUGGGAGGCGACGAGGGGUUAUAAUGCGCAUCGAGGGCCAGGUAUGCGGCCGGUUUUGUAAUCACGAGCGAC